AUGGCGCAGCAACCGGCGGUCGUCAUCAUCGCCAGACAUGGUCCCAGACUGGACGCCGCGGAUCAGUCGUGGCAUCUGUCAACUCCCACCCCAUACGACCCGCCUCUCACCUACGGCGGCUGGAACCAGUCGCGGGCGCUUGGCGUGCGCAUCGCAAGUCUUCUCCAUGCGCGAGAGCAACAGAGCGCGAACGAUGCUGCGGCAAGCGAAGCUACUUUGGCCGACGGAGUCACCACAUACGACUUCGCAAGCGGCAAUAAGCGCAAGGACACGGGCUGGAGUGAUCAAGGGGCUCGUAAGCGGAGGAAGAGACACAAGGUCGUCAUUCAUACCUCGCCUUUCCUGCGAUGCGUCCAAACAAGUGUUGCCAUUGCUGCAGGCAUGGCCCAAUAUCAGCCUUCCGCGACAGAGUCAGGCAGUAGGCCCACCUCGAAAGGCCGAGCGAUGCACUCUGCAUCUCCUCGCCUUCGCGGUGUCGAAGGCCUGGCCUCUCCACGGCUGGACCCAAUCGUGGAACCGAAGAACGACUUCGCGCACGCCAUAGCGAGAAGGGUGUUGGGCGAGCCUCGCCGACAUAGGAAGUCGAAGAUGCGAGUCGACGCUUUCUUGGGCGAGUGGCUGAAUCCGCAGUACUUUGACCAGAUCACACCUCCUCCGCCAAGCGCAUUGAUGGUAGCAACAGCCAAAGCGGAGCUGAUGCAGAACGAGACUGUGGACAUUUUCACACCUACGCUCAAUACCAAGACUUCCAACAGCAGUCUCUGGAGCGGCAGCAACGUACAGAAGCCGACCACCAGUGGUGGCAGCAAAGACUCGCUGGAUGAGUGGGAAGAGGUUAAUACCGCCUUACUGCCUCAAGGGAUCAAGAGGGACCGCGCGGGCAGCGUCAGCAGUAUCGGUAGCAAUGAAUCCGGCUCUGGCCGCCGCUCUCCGUUCCGAGGUAACCAUGCGAUGCAACAGCAUAUUUCCACACUGCCUAAACCCGAGCUCAGCGUGUACAUUGCACCGACGCCGCAAUAUGCGGUCUCUGGUUCUGACUACAUCCCACGUGGAUAUGUUUCGCACGCGCGCCAGGCCUGCGUCGAUGUGGAUUAUCAAUGGGACAGUAGUCGGCCACCACAAGAUUGGGGCGAUGGCGGUGAAUAUGGCGAAGAGUGGUCCGGGAUGCACAAGCGCUUUAGGAAAGGCUUGAACCAUCUCGUGCACUGGUACAGCCAACAUAAUGCUGAUGACCGCGCGGAAGACGCUCUUGGUUUUGAUCAGGCGGAGAGGCACGGUUUGGACGAUGAAGAGGAGGACUUGGUUGUGAUCAUGGUCACGCAUGGCGCUGGGUGUAAUGCUUUGAUCGGCGCUUUGACAGGCCAGCCGGUGUUGUUGGAUGUGGGCAUGGCAAGCUUGACGCUGGCGAUCAGGAAAGAUGACGCGCCGGCCGUUUCUGAUUCGAAAGACGUUCUCAGCCCCGAAGCACGACCACGCAUCAACCGUCAUUCCCGAUCUGCGAGCACCCUGGACGUCGGUCUCAGCUCGAUCUACGAGAUGAAACUUAUCUCUUCCGCCGAGCAUCUGCGCCCAGGAGCAGACCCUACGAAAAUUCCUUCUUCAACAACUACUACAUCAGUCGGAACAUCGGGCGCACGCAGCGGGCUCACUGCGCUUCCCAGACGAUCAGGCACUGGAGUUGACAGCGGCACUCGCAGCAACACUAGUACUGUUCUUGGCUCCGUCCGUAGACCGUCGGCUGCAAACAUUAAUGCUCCGCCUACUGUGCAAUUGCCCGGACCCGGCAAUCUUCCUCGGAGCCAUACUACACCUGCCACCAACGGCUCGUUCAAUACAGGACUUUGGUCGCCUGCACCAUCUGUGUCUCCCGCUUUGUCAGCUGCAAAGGGAAAAGACGAGCGCGGCGCCGUCUUCAGCUCGCUCAAUGACCCCACGAGAGAAUUGAGCCCGGACCACGACAGGGCAUUGGACUUUUCGAACUCGCCGCCCGACUCGCGUCCAACCACCUCAGAUGGCGCAAAGCCGAGUGCGGCGCCGACGACUCCGUCAUCAAUGGCUACCGCUCUCAACGGCGGCUUUGGGCAUGAUGGCACCACGACCACCAGUAACGAUGACACCGCGGCCAACGCUAUGACUUCUGCGGAAGCCGCCGCGCAAAUGAUUGCCCAAGCCAACAUAGCGCGGGACAAGCGCGGCAGCCUAUCCGAUAUCAGCUCGCUGCCCACGCAGCCACCACAAUCGUUGAGUCGUGCGCUCAGUCAGAAGGGUUUGUGGGGUGGUGGAGGCAAGGGUGCCGCGGUGGAAGGGGACAAGGUGAAAAGACAGUGGCCGGCAGGAGUGCGGGAGCCAAAGCGGCGGUGGACUUUGCACCAGGAUGAUUAG